GCCAACUGCAGAUGUCGCUGUACUAUGUAAGGGGGGGAUUUUGAAAUGUCACUUCUCGAAGGAAGUUUGAAGGGCUGCCGAUGGGUUAUUGCCGCAUACUACCUAAACUUGAAAUAUAAGACUUGAAGUAUACCUGCCUAAGAAGUAUCAUGUCGCCUCAUCGGUAUCUCUUACUUACUUGUAUCUAAUGUAUUAUCUACCCCUCUCGCUUCAUCUCUCUUCAGCCCGAGAGCGGCCAAGACAUUGUUGGGAUGAGAUGGGAGGAGGAAACCCUGUUGGUGUCACAUAGUCAUACGGAAAGGCCUCGAGCUUUGCCGUGACGAGAUACCUAGAACUCUGGCGGAUCUUUGGUGUUUGCACCCAUACGCCAAGUUAAACAAGGGUUGCCAAGGUACGGUAGGAACCUGCAAAGAAAAUAAACAUACACUCCUUUACGUGGAAAGAAAUAACUAUAACGAUCGAAAUACAUCUCAAAAUGCAGUUCAAGACUCUCGCCGUUGCCCUCUUCGCCGCUGCGGCCGCCGCCGAGAGCGUACAAGAACUUAUCUCGCAGAUCCCGGCCUGCGCGAAGCCGUGCCUUGAUAGCGCCUCGACUAAGAUCGGCUGCUCGACGACCGACAGCAAGUGCCAGUGCAGCAAGAUUGACGACCUGACCCAGGAGUCCAUCACCUGCGUGUCGACAUCUUGCGAUUCCGAUGGCCUGACAAAAAUGACGAAACUUUCGGGGGAGAUCUGCGCAGCCGUUGCAGCCGAUGCUGGUGGCGCUGCCGCUUCUUCCCUCAUAUCGAGUGCCAGCGCCGCCGCGACUUCUGCGAUCGGCUCGGCCGUCUCUAGUUCGGUUACCGAUGCGGCUUCGUCCUCGACUGAGACUCCUGGAGCCGGCAAUCGGGCCGCUGCCGGUCUCGGUUUCGCUGUGGCCAUGGCUGCUUUAGCUUUAUAGAUGGGUUCCGUACAAUCUGGCGUGGUGAAUGAAUUUAUUUCUCGCAGCGUUUUGAAUAUUCUCGAAUUAGGUCUGCCUUUUAUUUAAAUCAAUUAAAAUUAUCCCGGAGGCUCAAGCUCAAUUGGUACUUGUUUGUAUUUGCCCUCGG